UUCUCCAUUAUUUUCCUUAAAGCUUGUCUGGAUGUUCUGAAGUUAUUUUAUACAAAAGAGCUAAAACAAUGAAGUGGUCUAAGUUAAGAAUUCUUCUCUUAAAGGAAACAAAGAUUUCUGCUGUGCUCUACUGAGAAGAGAUUGAGAAGAUGGAGAUGAUGGUGUUUUUGGCAGCUCUUCUGCCUGUUUUACUGGGCUGCGAUUGCGGUCAUGAUGUAGACAAACCGGUGGACUGUUCUGACAUCUAUAAAUCAGGACAAACAGUCAGUGGGAUUUACUCCAUCUAUCCAGCAGGUGAUUUUCCUGUCUGGGUUUACUGUCAGAUGAUCUCAGAUGGGAAAGAUGAAGAUAAAGGACAAUGGACGGUGAUUCAGAGGAGAAUGGACGGCAGUGUGAAUUUCUAUCGGCCGUGGAAUCAGUACAAGAGAGGAUUUGGGAAUGUGGAGGGUGAAUACUGGCUGGGGCUGGAGAACAUGUACCAGCUGACACGUAAGAACAAGUACAUGCUGAGAGUGGAUCUGGAGGACUUUGAAGGAAGAAAAGGUUUCGCUCUGUAUUCGUCCUUCUCUGUGGAUUGCGAGUGUGAUGGAUAUAAACUGCAUGUUUCAGGAUUCACUGAUGGAGGAGCAGGUGACUCUCUUUCUAUCCAUAAUGGAUUUAAGUUCUCCACCUUUGACAAAGACCAAGACCCUUCAGACACUAACUGUGCCAAAGUGUAUCUUGGGGCAUUUUGGUACGCAGCCUGUCACUAUACAAACCCCAACGGUGUGUAUUUAUGGGGUGAAGAUCCCACCCAUUACGCCAUUGGUGUUGUUUGGUCAUCGUGGAAGAAUUACGCAGUCAGUAUGAAAUCUAUCAGCAUGAAGAUCAAACGAGUGUCUUAGAAACAUUACAGCGCUUCUGAAAGGAACGUUUUGUACCUAAUUUUAUGACAUUUUAAGCAUUUCAUUCCUCUUUUUUCUGCGUUAAGAAUCAUGUGAAAAUGUGUCUUUGAAAUGUAUGGUUGGUGGUGUAGUGCAUUGAAAUUUUUUGUAGAGUUACUGUUUACAUGAUUCUUCACUCCAGAAACUUUCAGUAAACUUUUGUAGGGAAUUCAGAACUAUUUGUUCAGUCCUGACAUUAUCUAAAUCUACAAAUGUGAAUAUGUCCAGCUUUUAGCAGGAAUACUGUGCAUACUGUGCAACAAAAAUGAUCAUUCAGCCAUAGUGUGUAUCCAAAUGCUUGCACACAAGAUUCAGUGUUCACACAUGCUUGGAGGACUGGUAAUGUGGAAUAAUGGGGUUCCUGAACAGGCAUCAUAUUCUCUAUUCCAGGGGUCUCUAAAGUCUGUCCUGGAGAGCUUCAAUUCUAAUUCAACACACCUGAAUCAGCUAAUCAAGCUCUUACUAGGCAUACUAGAGACGUCCAGGCAGGUGUGUUGAGGCAAGUUGAAGCUAAACUCUUAAGAACUGAGUUUGGAGACCCCUGCUCUAUUCCAACUGGUCCCUGGGCAUUCAGACAAUAUUCAGAAUGAAUUUUUUUUAUGCUAACAAACGCUAACAAAGUGUUAUUAGAACAUAUAUUUGUUAGUAGGGUUUAGACCUACAGUAUAUAGUGAACCCGAGUCCUCUUGCAUAUAAAAUGAGAAUUACACUAUGUGUCCGCAAAAUGCGUGCUUACAAAUAAACAGGAGUAUCUGUGUGCAGAUAACAUGGGGAAAAAGUACACGUCUUUUGAGACAUAAAAGGUUUGUAUUUAUAGGGAAAUGUUAACCAGUUUAUGAGCAGUUGAACUGAACUCCUCAUUUAACUGAUGUCUAUUGUGGAGAUUAAAAAAAAAUAAACAUUGCACAUAAUGCCUUCCA